UUCGUUUCCGCCCAGACUUCUGUGAGCCGUCGGGAUGUGGCUCUCCCUGGUGCUGCUGUUGGUGCUGCUGCUGCUCGCGGGCGUCCGCCGUGUCUACUUGGGGCUGUUCGCCGGGCGCUCCCCGAACCCCUUCUUGCAGGACGUCAAGCGGCCGCCCGCGCCCCUGGUGACCGACAAGGAGGCCAGGAAAAGGGUUCUUAAGCAAGUUUUCUCAGCAAGUCAAGUGCCAGAGAACCUGGAUGUGGUGGUGAUUGGCAGUGGCAUUGGGGGCCUGGCUGCAGCUGCGAUUCUGGCGAAAGCUGGCAAGCGAGUCCUGGUCUUGGAGCAGCACACCAAGGCAGGGGGCUGUUGUCAUACCUUUGGCAAAAAUGGCCUUGAGUUUGACACAGGGAUCCAUUAUAUUGGGCACAUGGAGGAGGGCACCUUUGGCCGCUUUAUCUUGGACCAGAUUACUGAAGGGCAGCUGGACUGGGCUUCUCUGUCCUCGCCUUUUGACACAGUGGUACUAGACAGGCCCAGUGGCCGAAAGGAGUUCCCCAUGUACAGCGGGAAGAAAGCAUACAUUGAAGGCCUCAAGGAGAAGUUUCCCCAGGAAAAAGAUGUCAUCGACAAGUACAUAAAGCUGGUGAAGGUGGUAGCGGAUGGAUCCAUUCACGCCAUCUUGCUGAAGUUCCUCCCAUUGUGCGUGGCCCAGCUCCUCAGCAAGUGUGGGCUGCUGACUCGGUUCUCUCCAUUCCUGCAUGCGUCCACCCAGAGCCUGGCUGAGGUCCUGCAGCAGCUGGGGGCCUCCCCUGAGCUCCAGGCCGUGCUCAGCUACAUUUUCCCCACCUAUGGUGUGACCCCCAGCCGUACCACCUUUUCCAUGCAUGCUCUGCUGGUCAACCACUACCUACAGGGGGCCUUUUAUCCCCGAGGGGGUUCCAGUGAAAUCGCCUUUCAUAUCAUCCCUGUGAUUAAGCAAGCCGGGGGCGCUGUCCUCACAAAGGCCACUGUGCAGACUGUGUUGUUGGACUCAGCUGGGAAAGCCUGUGGUGUCCGUGUGAAGAAGGGACAAGAGCUGGUGGACAUCUACUGCCCCACUGUGGUCUCCAACGCAGGCCUGUUCAACACCUAUGAGCACCUACUGCCGGAGAGUGCCCGCUGUCUGUCAGGUGUGCAGCAACAGCUGCAGAUGGUGCGGCCAGGCCUGAGCAUGUUCUCUGUCUUCAUCUGCCUGCACGGGACCAAGGAGGAGUUGGGUCUGCAGUCCACCAACUACUAUGUUUAUUUCGACAUCAACAUGGAUAAGGCGAUGGAGCGCUACAUCUCCAUGCCCAGGGAGAAGGCUGUGGAACACAUACCCCUCUACUUUAUUGCUUCCCCUUCAAGCAAGGACCCGACCUGGCCCGGCCGCUUCCCAGACCGGUCCACGCUGACUGUGCUGAUACCCACCGCCUACGAGUGGUUUGAGGAGUGGCAGGAGGAGCCGCAAGGGAAGCGGAGCCACGACUAUGAGACCCUCAAAAGCUCCUUUGUUGAAGCCUCCAUAUCCGUGGUCCUCAGACUGUUCCCACAGCUGGAGGGGAAGGUGGAGAGUGCCACGGGAGGGUCCCCACUGACCAAUCAGUUCUUCCUGGCUGCUACCCGAGGGGCCACCUAUGGGGCCGACCAUGACCUGGACCGCCUGCAUCCUUACGUGAUGGCUUCCAUCAGGGCCCAGAGCCCCAUCCCCAACCUCUACCUGACAGGCCAGGACAUCUUCACCUGCGGAUUGAUGGGGGCCCUGCAAGGGGCACUGCUGUGCAGCAGUGCCAUCCUGAAGCGGAACCUAUACUCAGACCUCAAGGAUCUCGGCUCAAGAGUGCGGGCCCAGAAGAAGAUGAUGUAGUUCUUUAGGGACAAUGAGUGGCCCCUGCACCUGCCCUGACCCACCUGUAAUGCCUUUACUGCACUGUUAAUUCUUUGCACACAGAAAGCACUAAUUGCACUGAUUUCUGAACACACUUCUCCAGUGGAGUUCUUCCUUACCUCUGAGGACAUAUCUUUCCUCCUCAAGUGGCCAGGCUGCUGAUGUGGACAGUUUGAGGCUCAGAUAGGUGGUGCUGUGGUAGAAAGUCGGUCAGGACUAGGAUGUGAGCAAAGCCCAGAGAUGACACCUGUAGUUUGCUGGUACAUAUCCAAGUUGUUCAUCCCCCAUGCCUCCCCUUUUGAUUUGGGGUAUCUGUACACAAUGAGAUGCCUUAGGGAUGGGACCUAGUUCUAAACAAUUAAUUUUGCAGUGCUGGUGAUGGAACUCAGGGCCUUGUGUAUGCCAGGCAAAUGCUCUGCCACUGAGCUGCACCCCCAGGUCAAAAAUUGCAUUCAUGUUUCAUAUAUACCUUAUAUACAAACCAAGAGUAAUUUUAUGAUACUUGGAACAAUUUUUUUUUGCAUUUUGACUUCUUGUCACAUGAGGUCACAAUGGCACUCAGAAAACUUUGUAAAAUCCAAGAAUUCUUGAUGUCAGUAAGGGAUGCUCAGCCAAAGAUUAAGAAAGAUACCAUUUUCCCUUAUUACCCGAAUCACCAAGUGUCUUAUUUUUAGUACACUUUAAUACAGAAUUAAUAAAUGUAAUGGUUUCAUUGCUUUA